AUGCGUCCCUCCCUGGCCGCGCCGCUCCUUCCCUCCCUCUCCCUCUUGAUCCUCCUCACUAUACCGUCAAUACCCGGUACACUCUCCCUCCCAAUUCCGAGGGAUGAAGCAACGCAGGGUUUGGAUUUGCGUGCGCUGGAGUUGCUCGAAGAACAUCAGGCGCGAGCGGCAGAAGACUCGUACAGGCACAUAGCACCAGGCGAGGGAACAGGGGCCACAGGUCAGAUUCUGCCUGCUGCUGCCGCUGCCGUUCCCCUUCAAGGAUCCGAUGCGGCCCAGCCUGUUGCAGUUCCUUCCACUGGUGACUCUGCCGCUUCGAGCUCGUACGCCCUUGGUCGGCUCACAAACUCUUUCAUGCCGGCGAUGGAGGGCGAGGUGGAAAACACUAUGUUCACUAUUGAGCGGAAGGAUGCAGAAGCGGCGCUCUUACAUAUGGAGACCGUAAAGAGGGGUCUGGAAAGUCUCGAGGCGUUGCUCAAGUCGGCUGCCUCUUUGACCAGACUAUCGGCCUUCAGAGGGCUGGGAACCCCGCCUGAGCCGCCCACACUUAGAACUCCCCCCAAGGCGCUAUCCGAUGAUCCAGCGCUGCACAAGUCCCCCCGUCUGCGCAGACCCUCUUCGCCCGAAAAUAUUUUGGACGAUGUACCCGAUCUGAUGCACAACGAACACGCGCAUCUCGCGGAUUUGUACUACGGUGCCUACCCAAGCGACGAGCUUUUCUACAAUAAAGAUGUGCACAAUGAUCUUCGUGAACCUGUACCACUCGUUCCGGUGAACGUGGAGAAGUUUAGGGACUAUUCGGCCCAUCCACGGAUGACGGCCGAGGAGUUCUUUGGGCGGAAUCGCAAGAAGGGGACACACUGAGCGCUGGACGCGCUGAUGCCGUGGAUCUAUUGUUGAGGAGGGGACACUGUUUGCUGACUAUGAUAUCUGUAUGUCUUACUG